AUGGAAAAUACGAAAUAUUUAUUUUUGUUAAUGCAAUUAUAUGCUUGUGAUGUGGAAUCUUUCAAAAUAAUAAAUGUUGAAUACAUAUCAAGAGUUGUAUUCGUGCCCUGUCAAAUUUCGAAUAUGGACGCAGUAGCAAGUACAGAUUUUUUCAAGCCACAUUGGCUGUGCUGGAAAAUUUUGGGUAUAGCACGACAAAAGGUCAAAAAUAAAUCAGCUUAUUUACUUUACGGCAUCAUACUGAAUAUUGUGGUUACUCUUUAUUAUCCUAUACAUUUGUUAAUGUCAUUAUUUCAAAAUCAAACGGCAACGGAUAAUUUAAAAAAUUUUGCAAUUAGCGUUACGUGUACCGCAUGUACCUUAAAGUUUCUCAUCUACGCCAUCAAAUUGGAUAAGGUACGUGAAAUGGAAAUGCUACUAGAGAAGUUGGAUGCCAGAGUUCAAAGUGCAGAUGAAAAGCAGGAGUUUGGAAAAUUGCGUACAGAUAUGAGAAAUAUUGCUUACAGUUUUGUUAUAAUUUAUUUUCCAGUCAUUGUGACUGGUAGCUUGUCAGUGAUUUUAAAAGAGGAACGUAAUCUAUUAUAUCCUGCUUGGUUUCCAUUUAAUUGGCGUGAAUCCAUAUUAAAAUAUUUAUUGGCCAGUUUGUAUCAAAUGGUGGGUAUAAGUUUCCAGCUACUACAGAAUUAUGUCGAUGAUUGUUUUCCAUCGAUGGCACUUUGUUUAUUAUCUGGACAUAUUAAAAUUUUGGGCAUGAGAGUGUCAAAGAUUGGUUACAGUGUGACAAAAAUCGCCGAUAAUGAGCUAGAAUUAGACAAGUGUAUAAAAGAUCAAAAUAAUCUAUACAAACUUUUUGAUUUAAUUCAGGAUAUCACUUCACUACCUAUGUUUAUACAAUUUACGGUUAGUGCAUUGUGUCUUUGCGUUGCUAUGGCUGCACUCAUAUUUUAUGUAGAUGACCCAAUUGAUCGUCCGUACUAUGUGGUCUACCUUUUAGCUGUGCCAAUGCAAAUAUUUCCUACCUGUUACUAUGGCAGCGAUUUCCAAUACCUCUUCGGUCAACUACAUUAUGCGGUGUUUCGCAGUAAUUGGAUGGAUCAGAGUCAAAUGUACAAAAAGCAUAUGAUUCUAUUCACUGAACGUUCAAUGAAACCCACUACUGCAGUUGCUGGCGGUAUGUUGCGCAUACAUUUGGACACAUUCUUCUCAACUUGCAAAGGUGCAUAUUCAUUGUUUGCUGUCAUCAUUAGAUUGAAUAGUAAUUAA